CUAGAUGAGUCUUACUUCUAUAUAUAGCCGUUGGCGCUUCCGAAGAAAUCAACUUCGCUCUCAAACUGAAACCCUAAUUCAUACAAUUCCUAUUCCUCUGCUAUAUAUAAUCUCUCUCUCUCUCUCUCUCUCUCUCUCUCUCUCUCUCUCUCUCUCUCUCAAACCCUAAUUCGUACAACUCUUCUGCUACAAGCUUCCCAGAUCACGCUUCAGUGUUUUGAUUCUUUCAAUUUGUUUGAUUUUCAAUUUGUCUAAUUCUGUUGUUUUGUAGAGUUUUCUGUUUUCAUUCGUUCAAUUUGUCUAACUCUUCUGUUUUGCAGGAAUUUAAUUUGUUUUUCUUUUUUUUAUUUAUUAUAUUUUGUUUCUUUUCUCUCUAACAAUGGCUUCAGGUUCUUUGAGUUCUUCUGCCAUCAAAACCCAAACACGUUUUCCUCUUCAGGAACACUUACGGAGAAAGACUUCAAAAGAAAAUUUGGAUAGAUUCAUACCGAAUAGAUCAGCUAUGGAUUUCGAUUAUGCGCACUACAUGGUGACUGAAGGGGUUAAAGCUAGAGGUAAGGAAAACCCAGAAGUGUGCUCCCCUUCCAGAGAAGCUUACAGGAAGCUACUUGGAGAAGCUUUAAACAUGAACAGGACCAGAAUUCUAGCUUUUAAGAACAAGCCACCUACGCCGCCAGUUGAUUUCUUCUCUCAUGAGAUCAUUACUUCAUCAACUCUUCGACAAGAUAAAACCAUCAAGCCCCGGCGAGUUAUUCCUCAGACUUCUGAGAGGAUAUUGGAUGCUCCAGACAUUGUGGAUGAUUAUUACCUCAAUUUACUGGAUUGGGGAAGUGCCAAUGUUCUUGCAAUUGGAUUAGGAAACACAGUGUAUUUAUGGGAUGCAUCAAACGGUUCCACUUCAGAACUCGUUACCGUUGAUGAUGAAGAUGGCCCUAUCACAUCUGUAAGUUGGGCUCCAGAUGGGCGUCAUAUUGGCAUUGGUUUGAACAACUCUGAAGUGCAGCUAUGGGAUACAGCUUCAGAUAGACAGUUGAGAACUUUGAAAGGUGGGCAUAGGCAGCAGCGAGUAGGGUCUUUGGCAUGGAAUAACCACAUACUCACAACAGGAGGGAUGGAUGGUAGAAUUAUCAAUAAUGAUGUAAGAAUUAGAGCACAUAUUGUUGAAACAUACAGAGGGCAUGAACGAGAAGUUUGCGGAUUGAAAUGGUCGGCUUCUGGUCAACAAUUAGCCAGUGGAGGGAAUGAUAAUCAACUUUAUAUCUGGGAUAGAAGUACAUCAACUUCUAGGUCUCCAACACAGUGGCUUCACAGGCUUGAAGAUCAUACAUCUGCAGUAAAAGCUCUUGCUUGGUGUCCUUUCCAAGCGAAUUUGCUAGCUACUGGUGGAGGCAGUGGCGAUGAAACCAUCAAGUUUUGGAAUACCCACACAGGUGCAUGCUUGAACUCAAUCGACACUGGGUCUCAGGUAUGUUCCCUGUUGUGGAACAAGAAUGAGAGGGAGCUACUCAGCUCUCAUGGUUUUACACAGAAUCAGCUAACACUUUGGAAAUAUCCUUCAAUGGUGAAGAUAGCAGAACUCAAUGGUCACACUUCAAGAGUUCUUCAUAUGGCGCAGAACCCGGAUGGUUGCACAGUGGCAACAGCUGCGGCGGAUGAAACCUUGAGGUUUUGGAAUGCUUUUGGCACUCCAGAAGUAGCAACAAAAGCUGCACCGAAAGCAAGAGCUGAGCCGUUUUCACAUGUGAGCCGCAUUCGAUAAGUAGUAACAUUCGAAACAGUUUAAAAAGACAAUUUUUUUUUUCUGGUUAAAUACCCUUCACUCCACUGAAAAAAAGAAUGUUCUGAUGUAUAUCAAAACUUACCGCAUCCCUCUCACUUUAAGGCUUCUAAAUGACAAGUUAAUUUGGCACGGAGAAAGAUGGCGCGUAUUCAGACAGGUCCGCAUAUCAUAUGUUUACUCACAAUAAAUUCUUGCAUCAACCGGUUCCUCUGAUCAAGGAAAAUUAUGGAAAAACAUUUGGAAGGUUCCCAUCCCCAACAAAGUUCGAAACUUUUUGUGGAGAUUGUCUAAAGAAAAUUCUGCCAACCCGUGGAAACUUGAAGAGGAGAGGAGUUACUCUCUCAACCAAUGGAUUUUAAAUCCACUGGGUGGGUUGCUUAGGAGUAAUUAGCUGCAGCCUGCAGGUAGAUUGUGAGAGUUGUUAACAAUUUGGAGAGGGGAUGGUCAUACAGGAACAAAUUUAUAUCGAUUUUGGACGCAGUCUUUGUUUGUUUUUUGUGGUUUUGCAGUUCCGGUUCUGCGUCAUUAGGCAAUGGCUGGGAUCAAUAGUAUCUGCUCAAUAGUUUACUUGUCUGGUGUAUCUCAUUAUUCUUUUCUUUUUGUUACUUUUAGUUUCAAUUAGUAGAGGAGUUAUUGUUCCAUUUCCUUUCUUUUACUCCCAUAGUUUGUUGGUUCUGGGAGCAAUAUUUGUAUUGGGGUGGCCUUUUGUUUGGCAGACUAUUUGGCUUGUUUGUACUUUGGCAUAGCUUAUGCCUUAUGAUUUAUGUAAGCUGAUAUAUUUUGGCCUUUGAAAAAAAAAUGAGUUUGUUCUGUUACUAGUGAA